GGGGCGGGUGUUUCACCGGAAGACAUUUUCGGUGUACUCUUUACAGACGACAAUUCCUUCUCAUGUGAACCGCUCCAUGUGAGCACGGAUUUUAUGGUAUUUGGUCCACAAAAUCACUGUUUGUAUCCAAUCAUUCUCGUUAACAAUACCAUGGAUAUUAUUGAAGAUGACGAGCAGUUAGGUGAGACGUCUGAGCAGGACAGCGAAUUAUCUGACGGAGAGCUUCAAGAUGCAUUCGCAAAGGGAUUGUUAAAGCCUGGGUUGAACUUUACAACACAAGAACCGAAGAAGAUUGUCAACAAUGUGGAGGGUUUGAAACAAUGCCUCGCUGACUUUCGUAAGAACACACUACCCUGGAUAGAGAGGCUGGACAUGGUCAAUCUCCCCGCUGAUGACAUCGUUGCCAAGUCCGAGGGCAGACUCGACAACAAGGCCAGCGAAGACAUCAACCCAGAUGACGACUUCCAGAGAGAGAUGUUCUUUUACCGUCAAGCCCAAGAAGCUGUUCUGGAAGCGAUGCCCCGGCUACUGAAGCUGAAGAUAGCCACCAAGAGACCUGAGGACUACUUUGCAGAGAUGGCCAAGUCAGACCAGCAAAUGCAGAAGAUCAGGAAGAAACUCAUCACGAAGCAGAUCAUGAUGGAGAAGUCGGAAAAGGCCAAGAAACUAAGAGAACAGAGGAAGUAUGGCAAGAAGGUACAAGUAGAGGUUAUUCAGAAGAGACAGAGGGAGAAGAAGGCCAUGAUGUCUUCAGUGAAGAGGUAUCAAAAAGGCAUGACUGACAAACUGGACUUCCUGGAAGGAGAUCAGAAGACUGCUAAAGGAGGCGCUCCAGCUAAAGGAGGUGCUCCAGCUAAAGGAGGUGCAGGGAAAGGGUCCGGUGGCCAAACACCUGAUAAAAAGGCCAUGAACAAGAAAGGGCCCAAUGCUAAGAGGAAGUAUAAAGACCAGAGGUUUGGCUUUGGCGGGAAGAAAAGUGGAACCAAGUGGAACACCAAGGACAGCCACAACGAUGUGUCAGGGUUCCGAGCCAAGGUGGCUCAUGGGAAAGGAGGAAAGGGGGGGAAAGGAGGCAAAGCAGGACCAGGCGGAAGGGGCCCCGCCAAAGGAGGGGCUAAACGACUGGGCAAGAAUGCACGCAAGAAGAUGAAGGGUCGCUCCUAAAGAGAGUAUCAAAAAGACUACAAGAUGUCCUUCCUAGAGUAUCACCAAGACUACAAGAUGUCCUUCCUAGAGUAUCACCAAGACUACAAGAUGUCCUUCCUAGAGUAUCACCAAGACUACAAGAUGUCCUUCCUAGAGUAUCACCAAGACUACAAGAUGUCCUUCCUAGAGUAUCACCAAGACUACAAGAUGUCCUUCCUAGAGUAUCACCAAGACUACAAGAUGUCCUUCCUAGAGUAUCACCAAGACGUCCUUCCUAGAGUAUCACCAAGAUGUCCUUCCUAGAGUAUCACCAAGACGACAAGAUGUCCUUCCUAGAGUAUCACCAAGACGACAAGCUUUAGAAUGUCUCCAUAUGAAAACCAGACAGAGCGGUACUAAACAUGCCAAAUUCAAUGUUUUUUUAAAUGGUUUAAACCUCUAACAUGAAUAUGGACAUCAACGGUACACUGACAUUUUUAUUAUCGUCAGUAAAAUAAAUCCAUGUAUCUUUUAAAGGAGAUCUUUAUACUUUGUUGUAAGGCGUCUACGUUUGUGAAACUAUUUGCUGAAAGUGAAAACAAUGAUGAAGCCACUUCCACAAAUGUAUGUCAUCUAGUUUGAGUAAAUACUUGAUAGAUUUUUGUAAAAUGCACACUUUGCAAGUCUGCUUAUUGACCCCCUGAUUCGCUACCUUUAGGGAUGUGACAUUUUCUAAUAUUGAACAGCUGUCGUGUUUGGCCUUUCCAAUGUAUCAAUAUUAUUAAUGUGUAGUGGGCCAAUGUAUUACUUUCUAUAGAUCUGGGUAAAUGUUUCUUCUGCAAACAGGUUGCCGGUAUGACAAUAGUUGGUACAUUUUGGGCAAGAAUAACCCCUUCUCUAGCCUGAGUGCCAGUCUGUGCUAUUAUACCAACUAAUUUCAUGCUGAGUUUUGCUUGACAAUGACUGAUGGAGAUGGCAAGAGCACAAACAGGGACCAGGCUACACCUGCAUCUGUUUAACUUGAAUGAAUGAUUAGUAUGCUGUUUCAUGUUUCUCUGGUGUGGUGUUUGUUAUAAACUGGGUGUUUCAAGCCUUGGAUGCUGAUUGACUGAAAGACGUGGUAUACGGUCUGAUAUACCACGUGUGACUAUUUAUUUUCACUCUUCUAAUUAUGUUGGUAACCAGUUUAUAAUAGCAUUAAGGCACCUUGGGGGUUUGUGGUACAAGGUCACUAUACCAUGGCUACAGGUUGUAUCCAGGCACUCUGUGUUGCACACAAGAACAGCCCUUAGCUGUGGUAUAUUGGCCAUAUACCACACCCCCCUGGGCCUUAUUGCUUAAUUACAGUUGGUCUGCCUGCAACCAGUUACAUUGUAUUUCCUUUGGACAGUAAAGUAUUAUUCUUCAUA